UAUGUAUAUAUAGAGCUAGGCUCAGUUGUCAGAGUGAGGGUGCAAACAUUUUGUGUCAUCUUUUUGUGUGUUCGGACAGUUAUAAGAAGAGAUGUCCCAGCCUCAGGAUGCCCCAGUUAAGAAGAAGAGACCAGUGAUGAAAGAAGAGGAUCUCAAAGGGGCAAAAAAUAAGUUGAGCCAACAAACGCCAAUCCGAUCCAAGACCUACCAGGUUAUGAAGGAGUGUGAAAAAGCGGGAAGUGCUGCUCCUUCUGUGUUUAGCCAGGCCCGAACGGGUGUAGAAACAGCCUUCGAUAAACCAAAGGAAGGCCCAGCAAAAAGCGUGUUUGGUUGAAUGGUUACAUCCCAGCUAUUUCCCCCUGGUUUCUCUAUCCAUGCUACGAUGGACUCUGUGUAAAGUCUUAUUGGCUGCUUCUUGUCAUUCUUCCUUAAUUGAUCCUAUCUAAAACUGCAUUCGUUUGGGUUAAAGUGUCUCUUUUCUUCAACUGACUGAACUCUUCGCCCCCUUUUUAUCCUUGUUACCAUGUCUAUCUUUAUUUGGCCCAGAACAACAAGUUGGAUCUGCUUUUAAAUCUAAAAGAUGCUCUAAGCAGGGAGAUAUGUAUUUUUACAGCAAUAAUGCCAUAAAAAGGUAGAAAGAUAUCCCAAUCAUAUAUUGUGUAAAGAUUUUACAGCUAAUCGGUAGUAGAUUUAACUAAACAUAAGUAGUACACUAUUGAAACUUGACAGUUCGGGAUCUUAUCCUGUAGAAUUUUAUAUUGGGUUUGGAUACUGUACCAUUAAUUGGAAAGUGUAUUUCAUCAUUUAAAAAGGGCAACCAGAGGCCUCCCAACUAAUUUGAAAUUUAUUUCAAAUCUUACC